AUGUUCCGCGAGCCCUCCUCUACCGAGGCUGCCAAAAACAAUCCUAUCAAAGACCCCUGUGCCGCUGCGCGCUCGGCAAUCCGUCGCCAGGCCACCGUUCGGCGUCCUUCGCGUUACAGUAGCUCCUCCGCUUUACGCAGCGCAACCCUGCGCCCUCCCUUCCCUCGCCCCUUUGUGGAUGAGAUCGAACGAGAAACAAACGGACUCCAGCGCCAUGUGCGCUCUCUCGCUCCGAACUCGGGCUCCGGCGACGACCCGUUUGACCUGACCAGCGGUCUCACGGAUUCCAGCGCUCGGGAGGCUGGCCAGCGGCUGCUGAACGAUGUCCUCCGACAUAGCCGUCCUGGUCAGCGGCUGAGGAUUCCGCGUAACACGACUGUCUCUGAUUUGUACCGUCGCUCAUCCCCUGGCGACGAUGUGACAAAUCGACAGGAUCAAGAGUCACCCUCAUUUACGCCACGUUUCACCCCUGCAGUUGUACACCAUCGAACUAGUUCCCCUCAAUUGCGCCCGGAUGCCGUGCGUUUGUCCCCCUUUCCCCGACCCGAGAGCCUAGGCGGGGAUGUUGCAUCAAAUAUUCCGCUGUUGCGCCGAGUCGGCCAACGAUCCAUCAACGAGGCAAACCGCGCAAGCCGCGAGUCGGUUGUUGAUGGUCUUGGAGAUCGCCAAAGGAGCAUGAGCCCUGACGAUGACCAUGCCAACGAUGCGUGGGAGACGCUUUUGACGACCAUCACUCCCGAUACCACACUUCCCAGCGCGAGUUCCUCCUUCACCUCGGCAACGGCUGCCGGAACGAACGCCUCGAGGAACGGGACCUCCAGAAGCUCGACCACGUUCGGCACCCUUCCAAGCUCGUUGGACUCGAACCCGGGAACUGUGCAGAUGGUCCUUGAUCCCUACCCAGAAUUUCUCAAUCCGUGCGAUUACUCCAGUUCCUCCGAUUCGGAAUUAGAGUCUGACGAAGAGAUCAACCAAAAUUCUCUAUUCCGACGAUACCGGCGACGGAUGCGCCAGAUCGACAUGAUGAGACGAUCGCACAACAUUCAACAACAGUCAACCAUGGGCAACCAUCCUCCUAUUCCUACAAUCUCUCUCGCUUUUCCCGAUACCUCCGCCGACCCCGAUCUUCAUCAGAUGCAGGCCAUACUGGAUCGACUCGCUCGCCGGGAGGAUAUCCCCGACGACUGGUGGGCGGCGGCUGGGCUGUCUCGGACCAUUGGUCAAAGGGCUGGUUCCAACGAUGAGUCCACCACCGAUGGUGCAGACGGACCAUUGAGACAACCGUAA